AUGUAUACAUUAUUCUAACGGACAAGGAAAUCUCACAGGCUUUUGCACAGUUUACAAGAUGGCCGAGUUCAAAUACAUGUCAUGGUUGCUGACAUCUAUCUCCCUAAUCUGUUUCUGUAAUGGUCAGGACAGUAUGGUGUCUGUCCUAAACAAACUGGAUCAGUGUGAUCGGGAUCUGCUUGAUAAUAAGAUGGGCAUGCUCGCUAUGGAGAAAAGGAUACUAAACACCAUAGAUGUUGUCAAGGCAUCCUUGAGAGCUGAGUUAAAGGAAAACAUCCGGGAUGAAGUGAGAGAAGCCAUGGCCGAGAUUCUACCAGGAGAGUCUCUUCAAGACAUGGUAAAAAGUCAGGUUGUCUCUGAAGUGCGGCAUCUGAAGCAGGGCUACCAUCAGAUGAAGAGACAGUUGCACCAUGUCUCAAGGUCGCUCAGUGAUUUCCAGAACGAGACGACCGUAUUUCACGACUCUCUCCUGAAGAAGGCAGGUAUGUCGAAUCGAGAGAAUUCGUGUGAUUUCUGUAUCAGAGAGAAGAAUAAACUGGAAAAAGUACUACAGACGUGUGACGCUACCACUGCCAAUCUCAAAUCUCAAAUUACGACAUUGAAGGAGACACAUCAGUCUCAAAUAUCAAAGCUGACAUCAAAUGUCACGGUGUCUCCUUCUACCCCCGCUCCUCUAGAUGUUACACCAACCUCCAGGACAUCUGUGUCAACAAAGACACUCAGACCAGAGGAGGAGAAAAGUAGGAUUUUGAUUGCUCCAAUUUGGUCAAGUACCCCACAUCAGUUCCGUCAAGUCAACAUUCACAGUAACUCCCUGAGUGUCUAUCAGUACCACACCAUGAAGGAGGUCACAUGUAUUGCAUAUACAACAAAGACAAGGAAACUUCUCAUAGGGCUACGCACCACGGAUAAGAUAGUGUCAUCUACCCUGGACACACGUCACGUGACGGUAUUAAGAGAACGUGUAGAGACAUAUGGCAUGGCAGUGGAUGAAGAUCGGGACAUCGUAUUUAUAGCCACCUUUCAACCACAACGCUCAAUCAGCCGCAUGUCUACACAGGGGAAAGACUUCACUGCCAUCAUUGACUUAUCCAAGUACGGUGGUGAUCCAAGGCAACUAGCUCCUGACACAAAGAGAAGGAGGAUAUAUGGAAGUAAUGAAGGGAAACUGUUCACUGUGACAUAUGAUGAUCAAGGUCUGACAACAUUAGCCACAGGAAGCCAAGUGUAUGCUGUAACCCUGGAUCAGACAGCAGGUGUGUUGUAUUAUGGUGUAGAGAAGAAACUGAUGAAGAUGACUGUGUCCAAUAAUGCGAGUACAGAGGUGACCACACUGUACGCCGUCCCCUGGAACCUGGGACUGUAUAGAGGCACCAUCUACUACAGUAGCUAUGAUUCUCCUAUUGUUGGUGCCGUUGGUGUGACAUAUAACACUGUGGCAUAUACUCUCCAGUCAGUCAGUAUGAAGGGAACAAGUACUAACUGUAUGUGUUUGAUUCCCUAAAUGUAUUUAUCGCAUCGUGUUUCCUCUCUAUAUUCCGAUCUCAUCCAACCUGGGAAACUGAUUUUAAGAUGACAUAUUUCAUACAGCAUGUAGCCUAUGUUGCCAUAUUAAUUUGCUGUAGGUUUCAUCAAUAAAUAUCUUGUUACAGUUCUAUGGCUACUAUCUCUGCUUCCAACUUACAAAAAACAAUGCUUCAUUAUCCAUUAUAUCCGCUAAUCUUUAUGUAUCUUGAAGCAGGGUCGGAACAUAGAAUGUUUCGUUUCUAAUAGGCUUUUAGUUUGGAAUGGAGAUAGUGUUACUUUCAGUAUAGCGGUAUUUCACCAGUGUAUUCAACAGUUAGUUAUCAUCUGAUGGAAUAUCAAACCUGUGGGCAAUAGGAUUAAACGUACAGCAGUACACAACUACAUUAUAAACAGUCAACACAUAGAAAACCAUGUGUGUGUAUUUGUAAGUGUGUUUGAGCAUGCGUCUGUAUAUGUGUAUGUGUCGUAUUAAAAGCACUGUAUGUACAGAUCCUUCAGCA